AGGCAAUCGCGUGGGUAAUUAGCAGGAAAUCGCCUGCUCUAGCGUAGCAGCCCUUCCUGUUGGCAAAAACAUAGCAAGAGCGCUCUCACACAAUCUGGAUUCAAGUUUGGUGAUGAUUAGACGACCGUGAUCUCAGGCAGGUGAUUUUGUUUUCUGCAAUGUUCGGCCCAACACUUCCAACCAGAAUCUUACACAGAGCCUUCCAUGACCAAUCUCCGUACCGUUAUGCCUAUCACCCGCAUAAUCUCGCCAAAAACCCCUCGCCACAAUUCAAAUCCCAACUGUUCCCCCAAGCACCUCUGUCUUUCUCUCUUCAACUCCAUCUCUACAAUGCGCCAGCUCUUACAAAUCCAUUCCUACCUCCUCACUUCCGGUCUUCUCUUCACUGAUAAAUUUCUGGUCAGCGAAACCCUCCGUUUCUGCUCUCUUCACCCCUCCGGCGACCUCUCCCACGCCCGAGCACUCCUACUCCGCUGCCCGACCCCCAUGUCCUCAUCAUGGAACCAUGUUAUUCGAGGACUUUGUUUUAAUUCAUUCUCAGCUGAUGCAGUUGAUGUUUUUCUCGAGAUGCGCCGCCGGCAGGAGGCGACGCCUAAUGAGCUAACUUAUCCGUUUGUAAUCAAGUCGUGUAGUGAGCUGCAAGACAUUUGUGUUGGACGGCAAGUUCAUGCCGAUUCUAUCAAAAAUGCUGUGGAAUCUGUUGUUUAUGUCGGAAACACGUUGAUGCAUUUGUAUGGGUUUUUUGGGGAGGUCCAUGAUGCACGAAGGAUGUUUGAUCUAAUGUCUCAAAAAACCUUGAUUUCGUGGAACACAAUUUUAAAUGUUUAUGUUGGUAGUUUGAUGAUGGAAGAAGCGAUGGAAAUCUUUGGCAAGAUAAUAGAUAGUAACUUGGUGCUGGAUCAUACAACCUACCUCAUUCUUCUUUCUGCUGCUUCUUUGAUGGGGAGCUUGGGGCUUGGAAUGUGGGUUCAUAGCCAGAUCAUUUAUAGAGAGAUUGAAGCUUGUAUGAAGUUAGGCACGGCACUAGUGCACAUGUAUGCAAAAUGUGGAGCUCUGGAUUUUGCGUCCAUGAAAUUUGAAAGAAUGGUAGUGAAAAAUGUAUGGACUUGGACUGCUAUGAUUCUCGGUUUUGCUCAACAUGGUUGUGCCCAUGAGGCACUCAAGCUAUUUAAGAAGAUGAAGAAAUCUUCAAUUGAGCCCAAUUAUGUGACAUUUCUGGGAGUGCUCUGCGCUUGCAGCCAUGCAGGAUUGGUAGAAGACAGCCAUCGAUUCUUCCAUGAGAUGGCUCAUGUUCACAACAUCAAACCUGAGAUGUCACAUUAUAGUGCCAUGGUUGAUGUGCUUGGACGGAAAGGUCUUCUUCUUCAAGCUUACAAUUUUAUCAAAAAUAUGCCUUUGGAUCCUGAUGCUGUGGUUUGGAGAACUCUGCUCAAUGCUUGCCAGCUACACAUUAAUGGAGAUGGCCAUAGUGUUGGAGAGGCUGCAAUGAAGGUUUUGCUUGAGCUUGAGCCGAACAGAUGUGGGAACUAUGUGAUUGUUGCCAACAUGUAUUCGGAGCUCGGAUCAUGGGAGGAGGCUGCUAAGGUUCGAAGGAUAAUGAGAGAAGAAGGAUUGAAGAAGAUAGCUGGAGAGAGUUGCAUUGAGAUUAGUGGGUCAAAUUAUAGGUUUCUAUCUGGGUAUGAUUUUUCUAUUGAGAGUAAGGGAAUUUAUCAAUUGAUAUAUGGGAUGAACUUGAACAUGAAAAAAAUUGAGCUUGCAGAUUUUGAUACUUUUAUACAACUUCAAAAUCUUUUGUUUGAAAAUUGAAAUCUCUUGUGCAUACAUGUGCUUGGAAACAUAGUUGUUGCUUUCAUAUAAUUCCGACACCUGGGGUACGUAUGAAAUUAAUGAAUUAUUAAUAUGGAGUGUCAGGAAUGAGGGUUUCUUGACGAGUCGAAUGAUUUUAGUUGGUUGAAAGAUAGAUGGAAAGCCAACAUUGAGCAGUGAAGCUUGGAAUUCCUGUUAAAACUCUUGCUAACGACUAGCAGUGAUUAUGGAAAAUAGCUUAAUUGCUACUUCGAAGGCUCCAUUGCAGAUGUAUCCGGUAAUCUUUUUCAUCCUACUAUAGAUGCAAUUAAUCAAGGAUUAACCUAAUACAAGGACAUAUUAGCAUUUUCAUUGUGCUAUUUAUGUUUUAGAUGAAAAAUAACUAGUAGUAUUCAAUACAAAAGUAAUUAUUAUUCUUAUUUUU